AUGUUCGAUUGGGUCGGUUUGUUGCUGAGAGUAGUCUACUUUUACAGCCACUUCAUAGGUCUGAGCAACUUUGUAUACGAUUGGCGAACAGGUCGCGUAUUCACUUCGUUGCGAACUACUCUGCAAGCCAUCACGAUUAAUGCACUUACUGUGAUGGCCCUUAUCUUUUAUUGGACCGGACAAAGUAAUGCAAAUUUUGUAUUCCGAAGCGCAAACAAACUGCAUGAAUAUGUUGUUAUUAUUAUGUCCGGUUUAAGAAUCACUGCAGGACUUGUUACGGUGCUCAAUCGAUGGCUUCAGCGUAGCCAGACGAUGAAACUGAGCAGAGAAAUAGUUUGCUUGUAUAUGGCCAAUCCGCAGGUGAAGAAAAUGAUCCGUUGGGGACUGUUACUGAAGUUCUUCACUGGUGGUGUGACUGACCUCUUCCAAGUGGUUAUCUCCGUGAGUGCAUUGGGUCAACUAGAUUCCUCAGCAAUCGUGGGUGUGACUUUGCAUACCUUAAUUUCGUUUAUUCUGAAUCUGGCCAUAUCGCAGCACUAUUUUAUAAUACUCUUCGUCCGUGGGCAAUAUGAGAUUGUAAAUAUAAAGCUAAGACAAGUGAUAAUUGAAAGCCUUAGACUAAGCUACCUUCAACGGCGAGAGGGUGCUUUUAUGACUAGAUGUUGCCAUCUAUCGGAUCAGUUGGAAGAUAUAGGAAAAGUCCAGAGCCAACUGCAGUCGAUUUUGGUAGAGGUGGCAGAGAUUUUCGGAAUCCAGGGACUUAUGGCUUAUGCCGGAUACUACAUAUCAUGUAUCGGUGAUUAUUAUAUGACUUACAGCAUAUAUAGAUAUGGUCCCGAAACUCUAAAUAUGUCGGUUAGAACCAUGUUCCUGGCUGGAAGUUGGUGCUUCUUUUACUAUCUCGACGGCACGAUCAAUUGUUUAAAUAUGCUAUAUGUGCGGGAUCAUCACAACAAAAUGUUGCGUCUUUUGGAAGAGAGGACAGUUUUCGCAUCUCGCUUGGACGUUCGUUUGGAGGAAUCCUUCGAGAGUCUCCAGUUGCAGCUGCUUCAAAAACCAUUGACAAUGGAUAUCAUGGGAAUGUUUCCCAUCACUCGUAGCGCAACUGCAGCCAUGAUUGGGUCCAUAAUAGCGAAUUCCAUAUUUCUUAUUCAAUUUGACAUGGAAUAUUUUUAA